AUGACUCGAGAGCUCGCUACUAUCAUCACAGCAGCUGCCGCUCUUGCCGGGACCGGUCUGGGCCUGCUUUUAUCGCGUACAUUGCUGAAGCCUAGAAUAGGGAAAUCGACGGUGAAGCACGUAUUCCUGGCAAAAUUUAAGGCGGAUCAGACGCCUGAGCAAAUCCAGGAGCUGAUCGAGGGAUACAAAGGGCUCACCAAGAAAAUUCCGGCCAUGAAGGGAUUCGAGUGGGGCGCGGACGUGAGUGUGGAGGGCUUCACCAAGGGGUACACGCACGUGUUCAUCACUACCUUUGACGACACGGCGGGGCGCGAUGCGUAUGUGGAGCACCCGGAGCACAAGGCGUAUGCAGGGGUGUUCUUCCAGGGGCUGGAGGACGGCAUUGUGCUCGACUAUGUGCCCUCCGUUGUCCUCUCCCGCUUCUACUCCUGA